AUGGGCGGUCGUCUGUCCAUGCCGCGAGGGCCAGAUGGCAUAAGCGAAACUUCCAAGCCUACCUCUAGCUCCGGGCGUUUAUCGAAAAGCAGAGGCAUCAUCAAUGGUCGCACGCUCAUGGCUCCUUUGGCGGCCCUGACCAUGGCCGGACUUCUAUUCGUCUACGCCAGAACAUCGAUAAGAGCCGCGAAGCUCAACGCGCAAAAACAUCGAGAAGCAGAUGGAGGGCAGAUCUCUUGGCACAAAGAGAGUCUGAGAAGACAUGGACAACUCGAAAGGGUGGAUAAUGACAGGAGUACCAUCAAGGAAGCUUUCAUGGGGGAUAUGUCACGCAAGACCAAGGAUAAAAAAACCAUGCCAGCAGAGGAUGUCAAUGCCAGAACGGAGCGGUCAGCCGAUGAAGAACAAUUGCGCAAAUUGAUGGGCAAAAAAGACUGACAGGAUGCAAGAUAAUAUGUAUGUCCAUAUAGGUACCUGGGUUGGAGUGUUUUACAUGACUGCGUAUAAACGGCAGCUGGCUGUGGAGGAGACGAAUAUCUGUAGGUGGAGGUAAGAAGCUUGGCCGGAGCAUUCGAGUGUUCAGAUGUUU